GUUAUGAUUGCCACCAACUAGAAGUCACCAUCUAGAAGCAUGUUCAUUGAGAAUUGUUUUAAUUUCGUGUUGAAUCGCGCUCAGUUUUUGUAGGAAAAUUAUUAGGUAGCACACACAAUGAAGGGCAUGGUAGCACAGGCAGCUAGAUUCCAUUCUGCAUCACACAUACGCGACUUGCAAGAUGACAUGCAGUUGUAGCCAACAUUAGGUAUGCUCUAUGACAGCAAGGUUGACAAUAUAAGAUAGCAAAUCAUCAUGAACACCCCUCCGAUUGCAAACGACCUCCCAUCCAAAAGCAUAGCGGACCUGCCACUGGAUGGCAAAUCUGGUGCCAACUUUGCGGACACGUUCUUUGAUCCGAAUCUGAAUCCGCUGGCAGCAAACCCUGUCCAGGACAUGGCAGGGGUGCAGACUGUGCUUCCUCCAGUCAACAUGCUGACUGAAGAGGAUGCAGCAAAGAGUACGUUAUCGCCACUCAAAGAUGAGCAAAGCAGUGUUGAAAACGAGUUGGCCACGUCCCCUUCACAACCAGAAGGGGGGGCAGCUAUCUCCAUGGAAGACAAAAGCAGUCCGGAAUCAGACCGUCCCUCGGGCUCCCCAGAAAUCAAACUUAAGAUCAAGAGGACGUUUCUACGCGGCCGCGAGAAGCUGACGUCGUCCCUGCUGUCGGACGGAAGCAGUCCCGAGGAGGCCGCGGGGCCCAGCAAGAAACGGAAGAAAAGGUUGAUGGAAACAACGGACAAUGACGAUCAAACGCAAGAAGUCACGAGCAAGCAAAGUCCGCCAGGAAAGAAAGGCAAACGGGGACGAAAAAAGAAAGCUACUGACCCCUCCACUCCUGCAAUAGACCAUCCCAGUUCUGCCAUUGCGUUGACAACUCCGGAUGUCGGUACCCCGGUAUUACCGGCGGCUAGCCACCCAAAAGGUUUUCUAAAUCUACAGGCCCUGGAAGAGAGAAUGCCCCCCAAGUGGUUGGUAGGGGACUUGGUGUGGGGAAAAGUGAGCGGACACCCGUGGUGGCCAUGCAUGGUGGCCUAUGAUCCGGUAGAAGGGGUAUACACCAAGUUCAAAGGAGGCCCCAUCAGGGCCUCCAGGCUGUACCACCUACAGUUCUUCGGGGACGUCGCGGAGCGAGGCUGGGUCGGCGAGAGAAGCACUGUCAAGUUCGAGGGCAAAGACCAGUACGAACAAGUGGUGGAAGACAGCAUCAAGCACAUUACCAGCACUACACAGCGGAACCAAGCCAGGAAGAAAAGCGCCGUGAAGCCCUCUCGUAAAGCCGCUUGGGAAAUCGCCCUCCAAGCCGCAGAGGAGGCCAUCCCUCUCUCGCUUCUUGAGAGGAAGCAACAGUACACCUUCAAGUAUGACGCUGCUCCGUCACCAACAGACGAAGAAGACACAGCUCCGCAAGUCUCCACGCCUCCAGGGGGUAAGAAGAGGGGGCGAAAGAGAAAGUCCGCCGUGGCGGCUUCAGGUGGUGCUACGUCGUUGCUCUCUGACGACACAGACAAUGAAGAAGAGCACCUAGUAAAGAAGAAAAGGAAAGUGGUGAAGAAAGCACCAACACAAGGAGAAGACUCUCCCAAGAAGAAAAACAAGGCACAGAAGAAAGAGGUGGAGCGAGCCAGGUUCGAGCUGUUCUGCCAGAAGCAGCGGGACCAGGUAAAGGUGGACCACCCAGACUACGCCCCCGAGCAGAUCCAGGAGGAACUGCAGAUGCAAUGGAACAUUCUCCCUGAUAAACUCAAAGCCAAGUACACCAGCAAGUUCACGGCCACAUCUCAGAACUCUGCCAGUGACAGUGACUUUGAACAACCAGGUGUGAAACAUGGCCCCACCAAGCAAGAUAAGAAAGUCCAGCCUCCAUCACCAAAGAAAAGAAAAACAGCAGGAAAGACACAGAACACAGAUGUGGAAGAGCUGAGUUCUCAGGUGUCGGACCACGAGUCGGAGGAAUCGAGCGCGCCGUCGUCCUCCAGCGGGCUCGGGCGCGGGGCGUGGGCGGCCAGCAAGGAGAACCUGUGCCAGGUGUGCGAGCAGGUGGGCGAGCUGCUGCUGUGUGAGGGGUCGUGUUGCGGGGCCUUUCACCUGGACUGUAUCGGCCUGCAGCAGAUGCCUACUGGAACAUUCAAGUGUGAUGAGUGCAUCUCAGGUGUCCAUACGUGUUUUGUGUGCCGUAAGAGUGAAGUGACCACCAAGCGCUGCUCCAUCCCCAUCUGUGGGAAGUACUACCACGAGGACUGUCUCAGGAAGUUCCCCAACACCGUCUUUGAGGCGAAGGGUUUCCGCUGCCCGCUUCACGUCUGCGGAACUUGUGUGGCUGUUGCAGGGGGGGAUGUAAAGAAAGUAAAGUCAAGAGGCCGUAUCCUAGCUCGGUGCGUGAGGUGUCCGACAGCGUAUCACGUGAACGACAGUUGUAUCGCCGCUGGCUGCAUCCAGCUGGCGCAGAACAACAUCGUGUGCAGUAACCACUUCCAACCGGUCAAGAACCAAGCCCACCACUCGCACGUCAACGUGUCCUGGUGCUUUAUGUGUUCCAAGGGUGGAGGUUCCCUGUGCUCUGAUCCCCACCAGCUGGUGGGAGGCACGGCCAUUUCUGACUCGGACCAACUGAGCCACAGGGGCUCCUACCUUUUGCAGCAACAUUUGCCUGCGGCUGGCUCUGGGGUCGCGUGGGGUAGCCUUGCUGUUACCAGAGGUGGAGACCUCCUGUGUUGUGAGAUGUGCCCGGCAGCGUUCCACCCACAGUGCCUGGGCCUGGAGGACCUGCCGGAAGGCACGUGGUUCUGUCGAGACUGCAGCCUGGGGAAGAAACCGCUGUACAAGGAGAUCGUCUGGGUCAAACUGGGAACCUACAGAUGGUGGCCUGCAGAGAUAGAACAUCCCUCCAAGAUUCCCCAGAACAUCUACAACAUGCCUCACCAGGUGGGGGAGUUUCCCGUGCGCUUCUUUGGCUCCAACGACUACUUCUGGACGCACCAGGCGCGGGUCUUCGCUUUCCAGGAGGGGGACAAGGGAAGCAAGGAGUCCGCCACUUCAAAGGGAAUAGCCAAGGUCUUUAAGAAAGGUGUGGUGGAGGCCACUGAACGGUUCAAGUUCCUGCAGACUCAGAAGGAGCAGAAGGAGGCACAAGAAAGUCAGCGCAUCGGGAAGAAACCACCUCCCUUCAGGAUGAUCAAGACCAACAAGCCGGUGGGGAGUGUACAGAUCCACACGGCCGACCCCUCGGAGAUCCAGCGCUGCGAGUGUAAGGUGACGGACGAGAGCCCGUGUGGCCCGGAGUCGGACUGUCUGAACAGGAACCUGAUGAUCGAGUGUCACCCGGCCGGCUGUCCCGCGGGGGAGAAGUGUCAGAACCAGAGAUUUGUCAAGAGACAAUACCCCGCUGUGGAGUCCUUCAAGACUCCUGAUGGCCGGGGGUGGGGACUCAAGACUCUGGUAGAUGUCAAGAAGCAUGACUUUGUGUAUGAAUAUGUCGGGGAGCUAAUCGAUGAGGAGGAGGUGCAGCGGCGCAUUAAGAAGGCACAUGAAGACAAUGUGACCAACUUCUACAUGCUGACUCUGGACAAGAACCGGAUCAUCGACGCAGGGCCUAAAGCCAACAUGUCUCGCUUCAUGAACCACAGCUGCCAACCUAACUGUGAGACCCAGAAGUGGAUGGUGAACGGUGACAUUAGAGUGGGUCUGUUUGCCAUGGAUGAUAUUCCUACAGGUUCAGAACUGACUUUCAAUUACAACCUGGACUGCCUCGGGAACGAGAAGACCCCCUGCAACUGUGGCGCCCCCAUCUGCAGUGGAUACAUUGGUGUGAGACCUAAGACGGCUGCAGCAGCUGCUGCAGAAGAGCGAUCUAAGAAUGCCAAGAAGAAGCAGCGGAAGCGGAAGGUGGCCCCCAAGAACGUGAAGAAGGAGCACGAAGACGAGUGUUUCCGCUGUAGCGAAGGUGGCGAGCUGGUCAUGUGUGAUCGGAAGACCUGCCCCAAGGCAUAUCAUCUCACCUGUCUGAACCUGACAAAACCACCACACGGGAAGUGGGAGUGCCCCUGGCAUCACUGUGACGUGUGUGGGAAGCUGGCCACCGUCCUCUGCGACAUCUGCCCCAACUCCUUCUGCAAGGAACACUCCACUGAUGACAACGUGACUAAACAUCCCUCCGCCAAGAUGGUCUGCCUCGAGCACACCGAGGACGAAGUGCAAGACAGCAUCCAGGCCCUGGAGGAGAAGCAGAAGAAAGCUCUCGCCGUGAAGGUCGAAUCCGAAGACGAAAACACAGCCGCGAAUGCAGACGGCGCCGCGCAAAAACCGAACGGUCAACCAAAGAAGAAAAAUCAGGAUAAAGCCCCUUCUGAAGAAGUCACAGUGAAGAAACAAAAACGUAAACCGAAGCACAAGGUAGAAAACGGCACCUCAGGGAAGGGGGGCAAGAAACAGGCGGGCAAGGCUAAGGGAGCAGCGAAGAAGACUGCACGUGUAAAUAAGAAAGGCAAAGCAAACGUAGACUCUGAGCAGACAGUCAAACUAGAAGCAGAGGAGGUACCAAAAGUUCCAGAUGAUGACCUGGAUGACUUUGAAGGGGAGCUCAUGAUCGACUGUGACUUGUAGUAAAAAUCUGUACCUUCUUCAUAUUCCUCAUGAAAAUUCAGGAAAAAGAGACUUUUCAAUUUUCCCUUUGCCUACAGUGUUAUUCUGCACUCUCGUAUGUAUUUCUUUCUCAGAAACUGCGAAGGGAAUCUUGUUAACUCACUACUGGUGCAGUCUAGUGUUGCAUUGUUGUCGUCGUUUACUUCACACCACGGACGGUUUCAUCUAUUUGUAUAAUGUUUGUAGAGUUGUAGGAUGAAAACCCAGCAGAAGCACCGUCAAUGUGGUACUAGCUACUUGAAAAUAAUUGUUUCAGCACAGCACGGCAUUCAAGUAGUCUUAUGUAUAUGAACAGGCAAAGAAUGUGAAAUAUUACACGUGUAUAUCAUUUGCUAGGAGAAAAGGCCAACCUACCACAAGUCUUGUGUAGGCUUUUUUUGUUGUUGAUUUUAUAUGUGGUAAAAGUUACUAAAACAGUUGUUAAAUCAGUACUGAUAUUUGCUGCUGAUGCUGUCAUUUUUAUGACAGGAAGCUCUCAUAGGUAGCUAACGACUACUCUUAUUGCCCCAUGUACAUGAAUAUCUGCCGUCACAGGAAUCCUCAGCUGAAUGUGUAAACAAAGAAGGGCGUAGAAACAUUCCAAGAAAGCAGCUGCGUUUUAUUUUCAUUUUUAGUCAUUGUGAUUCCAUGAGUGGCUUCGAGUGGCUAGGCUAGUGCUAGCGAACGCAAGAUCGAGAGCUCACAAUCCUUAAGGCAAUCCAAAUGUGUAGAUGGAAUGUAUGCUUGUAUAAUAUACUGUUACACAUCAUGCAAAAAGCUGACUUCUGACCUCGAAACUGGUGCUUUGUGGAAGUUACAACAAUCCAUCCUUUACCACAAUGUAAAUGAAACUCUCACUAACAAUGGUCAUGUUAGUAAAAUGAAUACUGGGGUUCUAAGUAGUGUAAUUUUUUUUCUAAUUUUACGAAUUUCACGAAUUAUUUUCUUUUGUAAAAUGAAGUAUAAAUGAUGCAAUUUUAUAAGAGCUGCCGUGUGUAUUUACAUGGAGAAAUAAUGUGCUGCCGUACUUUAGAGGAGCAAAAUUUUAAGAUGUAUUCAACCCCGGACAAUUCGAUGCUGUAUAUCAUGUCGUUUCCAGCCUCCUCGUAAUAAUAGAUGUAUAAUACUGUACACAAGCUUGUGAAUUUUUUCCUGUUUCACAUGAGCGAUGCAUAAUAAACAAAGGUCAACUACUA